AUGUACAUCUUGAGCGUAGAUGAACCCUCUGUCUCUCGUUUUUCCUCUAGUUUGGACACUUCACGGUCUUUACCACUUAGCACCACCACUAGUCACAUUCCCAUUGCUGGGUCGUUAUUUGUGGAUUGGUGUCAUCCCGGUUCCUUAGAUGACCACUGGGUUUUUGACUGUCAUCUGGACCACGACAACCCAGCACACUACACUCUGGGAGUUGGCGAUACCAUUGCCGUAUUUCGGCAUUCUUUUAUUUCUUGUGGAGACCAUGGUCCCAGCCUCCCUGCACCUGCCUUCACCGGGGUGUUGACACACAUUGUUGGAUGGGGUCCCUCUUGUGUGGAAUUUGGCGUAGAUGUUGCCAGCAUCAUCGACACCCCUCCCACCUCCAUCCAACUCCCUUUAUCCUUCUGUCGUCUUUCCCUGCUGCAACGGCUCUGGGGCUGGGUUUUUGCUUGGCCUAGGUGUCAUGUCUAUGCCCGACAUCCCCUUCAAGCUACACCUUCCAUCUCCAUGAGUGAGGAAAUCACCUGGGCUACUGUGGACGAUUAG